UAGUCUGAUCAUUCAACUUGUAAAUACACAACAGUAUAAUUAUUGUAAUAGCAUUGUAUUAUGUAUUGUAAUAGCUUUGAAUAACAUUUUUGGAAGCGCUGAAUUUGUGCGUGCAGCCCCUCAGGUGAAGGGUCGCCGAAACGCGAUGAAAGCAAACAUAACCUUAAAUUUUGAAACAACUUAACCACAUGUAAAUUUGUAAAUAGGCGACAAUGGAGGACCCUGACUCCGAAUAUGUAAAGCCAAAAAUGUGGUACGAAGAGAUUUCAGAUGCCGGACGAACACAAGAAGCACUGACGGACGACUUGGUAAUUCAGUUAAAAACCGAAGCGGAAAAGAGUCUCAUUGCCGAUGCCGCAAAUUACAACAUUAAAAAUUCCAAAGGAAACUCCAACUUCCAAUGGAUGAAGACCGUAAUGGCGAAGGGUAUCACCUCGGACAAAGUCGCCGCAUACAUCGUCACCAUACAAUCCAAGCCGCUGUACAAUCUCGACGCCCUAUCGAAUUUGGUGGGAAUGGUCAAAGUGGGAAAGAAAAACGAAUUCGUCAUAAUAAUCGACAGCUUAAUCGAGUUGUUCUUGGAAAACCUGCUCAUUCCUCAUCGUAAAUUGCUCUCGUUUCACACGCGCCCGCUGACCAAACUAGACGAGCUCUCGUCCGGAAACGCGGCGACGCGCAAGAAGUAUCUCGCGUACUGGAUCUUCGAGGACCAACUGAAGCAGAUCUACACGACGUUCGUGCUGUCGUUGAACAAGAUUUCGCACGACACCGUCGAGAAGAGUAAGGAGAAAGCGAUCGGCGCGUUAAAAAAGCUACUGGCCGGUAACCCCGAGCAAGAGCAGAAUUUGUUAAAGCAUUUGGUAAACAAAUUGGGAGAUCCCUCGAAGAAGAUCGCCUCAAAAGUGAUCUACUUGCUGUCAUCGCUGCUGAACCAGCACUCUAACAUGCAAGGCGUCGUCCUUAACGAAGUGGAAAAAGUGCUGUUUCGCACGAACGUGUCCUCGAGAACGCAGUACUACGCCCUAUGUUUCCUCUCCCAGUUCUAUCUGAACCACGAGAACAAGGCGAUCGCGGAGCACUUGAUCGGACUGUACUUUUCGUUUUUUAAAGCCUGCGUGAAGAAGGGCGAAGUGAACAGCAGGAUGAUGUCCGUAUUGCUGAUGGGAGUAAAUCGGGCCUUUCCAUACGCGGAACUGGAGCUUAGCAAGCUCUCCGAUCAUAUCGACACAAUGUACAGGAUCGUGCACAUCGCUAACUUUAACGUUAGCCUGCACGCGCUCCGCCUGCUUCAUCAGGUUUCGUGCAAGGAGAAUACCGUCAACGAUCGGUUCCUAUCGGCUUUGUAUAGGAAACUAUCCGAUCCGCAUAUCACCAGUACGUUUCACCAGGCCAUUCUACUCAGCCUGGUUUACAAAACAUUAACGUACGACAAACAAGUGGACCGAAUCAAGGUCAUUAUUAAGAGAUUACUUCAGAUCGCAAUUUAUGCACAACCCUCAAUGGCUUGCGGUGUACUAUACGUCGUGUCCCAAGUUAUACGACGAAACCAUGCCCUGUCGGCGUUAAUAUUGCCAAUCACUCCAGACGAAGAUGACGAUGAUGAAGACGAGAAAUACUCCGACGUAAAAGAGGAACCCGAAGUAAGCGAAUUAAAAAAAAAAUUGUUUUAUUGCGACUUUAACUUGAAGGAGGAAACGAAUAACGAAUCCGAAGCCAAGCCGUGCUUCAGCUGGAUACAUAAAAAGAACUCGAAUAAACGCCGCGUCGGCUACAACGGCCUGCACCGGAAUCCGUUACACGCCGGCGGAGAAUACUGCUGCUAUACAGAGUUGAAUUUUUUGAAAAGUCACUUCCAUCCAACCGUCGCUCUGUUCGCGGAGAAUCUGUUAAAUGAAAAAACGAUCAACUACACGGGAGAUCCCUUGAAGGAUUUUAGUUUGAUACGAUUCUUAGAUCGGUUCGUCUUUAAGAAUCCGAAACGCGCGCAGGACUUCCCGAAGGAGGGCCUUCAGUCUGUUCUUCGAGCGCGUCAGAAUUAUCGUCCGAAAGGCAUACGAGCGGUACCCGUACAGUCAACUACUUAUGUAAAUAACGACGAGGAGAAUAUUCCAAUUGAAGAGCGGUUUCUAUAUAUGUACCUACAAAAGCGAAAUAAGGGCGCACCCGCAAAGGACGACGACGAUGACAGCGAUUUGGAUUCGGUGGCAAGCGAGGAGUUUGAAGAAAUGUUGGAUAAAAUGAUUAAAAUCAAAGACGUCGGCGAGGAUUUGGAUUACAUGGAGAGUAUCGAGGAAGGUUUUAAGUCGAAAAAGAAACGCGGAAAAGAAGAGAGCGAAGAGGACGUAAAGGAGGAAGAGGACGAGAUCGAUUUGGACGAGGAUCCUUUUGAGCCCGACGAAGGAGACGAAGAAGUAUUUAACGAAGACGAUGACGACAGCGAAAUAUUAUUCGAUUCCGAAGAGGAGGAGAGCGAAUCGAAACAUAAGAAAGCGAAAAAGGAGACGUCGUCCUUGUUCGCGUCGGCGGAAGAGUUCGCAUCCAUGCUGGAAGAGGAAGGUGCCGCUAAAACGGCCCCGGGAAGCUCCAACGCUUGGUCUACCAAGGAUAACGCCCAUUUGCGCCAGAUUGCCUGGGAAGAGAAACGAAACCAGUGGCUGAAGGGUUACAACAAAACAAUGGGAAAGGGCGAGCGAUCCGGUUUCAAGAGUAAAAGGAAGCAAAAAGGGAAACAGAACGGCCAUAAUUUUCAAAAUAAGAAGAAAAAGAAAGCCUAGGAUUAGUGUUCUGUUCUGUGUUAAUAUAAAUUUUUAUCGAA